AUGCGUCGGGACAAAAAAAAUUCGAUUGCUGACUCAUCGUUGACCCGUGAAGAAAAUUCAGAUGAUAUUGAACAGUUUCGAGAACGUAUGCUAUCAGUCCUAAAUAAAUACCCAUCUUACAACACGACAUUUACAUUAGAACGAUGGCUUCGUUCAUACAAUAAUGAUAUAGAAGAAGCAGCUAAACGAAUGACACGAGCUUUACAAAAUAUCCAUAUACUUAAUGCAUGCAUGGAUUAUGAUAAUGCCGAAUCGUUGAAUGAUUUUUUGCAUACACUAAAUCGAGCUGCUGAGUAUUUUCCAGGUGGCAUUAUGGGUCCUGACAAACAUGGAAAUAUUAUUCUCGUACAACCGAUGGGUCGUGCUCGACCGAAAACAAUGAUGCGUUUGGGACGCGUAUCUGAUCUUUAUAGGGCAGCAAUUACGGAAGCUGAAGCUUGCAUGUAUUUUUUAAGAAAAGAAGAAGCUGUUAGAGGAUGCCAGCUUAGUAUUAUUUUUAUUUCGGAUCUUGCUGAAUUAUCUUUGGAAACAAUUUACAUGCCUGCUAUGAAAGCAUACAUGGAUGUUUUAAAAAUAUUACAGAGAUUGAUUGAAAAUGUCGAAUUUCUUGGCAGUGAUUGGAAGCAACAGCUGAGAGAUGAGCUCGGUGAAGAAAAUAUUUUUAAAUAUUGGGGUGGCACAAAGGAAGCUCCAAAAGAAUCGGGCACAAUACGCAUGGGUGGUGAAGUACCUGAUAGUUUGAGGGAGGAGAUUUUAAAAACGCUGAAAUUCAUUCCUGAUGAUCAAUUAAUAAAAACAACGAUUCUAGCCGGCGGAUUGUUGAAAAUUCCAGUUCAUGUGCUGCAGUCAAAUUCAUUACUACAGUGGUAUUUUACUGUGAGUGAUGGAGACAUUGAUUUCAAAAUUACAUAUGGUGAAGAAGAGGAAGAGAUUUGGCCGCAUUUCCGUCUAUCAACCGAAUUUGUCCCGGAAUAUGGCGAAUUGAUAUGCCAUCAGAAAGGGACUUAUAUUCUUCACUUCUAUAGUCCAGCAAAACUAUUUAAUAAAAUAGUUGCGUAUAAUAUUUCGGUGAAGGAUCCGUAG